AUGCCUUCUCCUCUCACAGCCAAAUACGAUUGGAUCCUUGCAAUCACCACAAUCGCCUUCGUCUUCAGUGCCUUCGGUAACGGCGCCAAUGAUGUCGCCAACUCAUACGCCACCUCAGUGGCGGCGAGAACCUUGACCAUGCCCCAAGUUGGUUUCCUCUCCAUGAUCACGGAAUUCGUGGGCGCCGUCGCGUUGGGAGCCCGAGUCACGAGCACGAUCAAGAAUGGCAUCAUCAGCAUCGACCGUUUCGAAGACCGUCCAGGAGUUUUGAUGUUGGCCAUGGGCUGUGCCGAAUUGGGCAGUGCGACCUGGUUGAUGGUCGCAACCGGGCUCGGGUUUCCGGUAUCCACGACCCAGACCGUCGUCGGAGCCCUCAUCGGUGUCGGAUUCGCUGCUCAGUCACCCAUCAAAUGGGCCUGGGAAUCUGGCAGCGUCUCUCAGGUGGCAGCGUCGUGGGGCAUUGCCCCACUCAUCGCUGCUGGCUUCUCGGCUCUGAUCUUCGGAACCCUCAAGUAUUCGGUGCUGGAACGGAAGGACUCCUUCAAGUGGGCGAUGAGACUGGUUCCCAUCUACUUCGCCACCACCGCUGCCAUCCUGGCCCUCUUCAUUGUCGUCGAGGCUCCCACAGCACCCUCACUCGAGGAAUUCGGCGGAGGCAAAGCCGCUGGAAUCAUCCUCGGCGUCUGGGCCGGCGUCUUGCUCAUCACGUACGUCUUCUUCAUGCCCUACUUCGAACGACGUCUCGUCAAGGAGGACCCGCGCGUCAAGUUCUACCAUGUUCCUUUGGGCCCGCUGCUCCGCCGGGAUAACCCGCCGCUGUACUGGCCAGGAAAGGAGGACGGCAAAUUUGUCAUCGACUACUAUGAGGACCCCUACGCCGAUGACAGCACAAGCUCGACAUCGAACUCGGUGGAGAAUGGCAACGGGACUGUGAGCGACGGCGAGCACCAAGUCCCCGCAGACCCGUCUCUGGAGAAGGGUGUCGGUGACAAGACUGCAGAGCCGAGCACCGUGCGCAGGAGGAGAUACGUCGGACCACACGAACGAUUCCUCGACCCUGUCAAGCAUUUAUCCAUCACCAAUCCCCGUCGUAUCUUUGGCUACAUCAAGUUUGGACUCCUCCAGGGUGUCACACGAGACUGCGUCACGCACGACUCGGUCAAGCUACGAGACAUCCACGGCCGUGCGGCAAAGUACGACAUCCGCGUCGAACAUCUCUGGACCUACUGCCAGGUCGUCUCCGCCAUGCUGAUGUCCAUUGCCCACGGUAGCAACGACGUUGCCAAUGCUGUCGGGCCCUGGGCCGCCUCGUACCAGACCUACCAAGCCGGCGAGGUCAACACCCGAGCUGCCACUCCGGUCUGGUUCCUCGUCAUCGCCGGUUUCUUGCUCGGCGCUGGGUUCUGGUUUUACGGCUACCACAUCAUCCGCGCCCUGGGCAACAAGAUCACCCAGAUGUCGCCGACUCGUGGCUUCAGCGUCGAGCUCGGCGCUGCCAUCACCGUGCUGCUCGCCUCCCGUCUCGGCCUCCCGGUCAGCACGACCCAGUGUCUCACGGGCGCGACCAUGGGCGUGGCUCUGAUGAACUACGACCUCGGCGCCGUCAACUGGCGCCAACUCGUCUGGAUCUUCUCUGGCUGGCUUAUGACUUUACCCAUUGCCGGAUUGAUCUCGGGCCUGCUGUGCGUCAUGGCCCUCAAUGCUCCUCACUUCUAG